AUGGGACUUCCUGCCCUGGAGUUCAGUGACUGCUACCUGGACAGCCCUCAGUUCAGGGAGAGACUCAAGUCCCAUGAACUGGAGCUGGACAAGACCAACAAGUUCAUCAAGGAGCUGAUUAAAGAUGGCAAGGCGCUGAUCCAGGCUUUGAAAAGUCUAUCGACGGCCAAGAGGAAGUUUGCAGACUCUCUCAACGAGUUUAAAUUCCAGUGUAUCGGAGAUGCUGAGACGGAUGAUGAGAUAUGCAUAGCCAAGUCUCUUCAGGAGUUUGCAGCAGUCCUACAGAACUUGGAGGAUGAGAGGACACGGAUGAUCGAGAAUGCCAACGAUGUGCUGAUUAUGCCUCUGGAGCGGUUCAGGAAAGAGCAGAUCAGUGCAGCCAAGGAAGCUAGGAAAAAAUAUGACAAAGAGACAGAGAAGUAUUGUGCAGUACUGGAAAAGCACCUUAGUCUUUCAGCAAAGAAGAAAGAGUCACAUCUACAUGAGGCGGACAACCAAGUAGAUAACGUACGACAGCAUUUCUACGAGGUUUCUCUGGAGUAUGUCUUCAAGGUGCAGGAGGUGCAAGAGAGGAAGAUGUUUGACUUUGUGGAGCCUUUGUUGGCAUUUCUCCAAGGCCUGUUCACCUACUAUCACCACGGCUAUGAGCUGGCAAAAGACUUCAACCACUUCAAGACUGAUCUUACCAUCAGUAUACAGAAUACGAGGAACCGCUUUGAGAGUACACGGUCAGAGGUGGAGUGUCUGAUGAGAAAGAUGAAGGAGAAUCCACAUGAGCACAAGAGUGUCAGCCAGCACACCAUGGAGGGAUAUCUGUUUGUUCAGGAGAAGCGCUCAUUUGUGUCUACCUGGGUGAAGUACUACUGUACGUACCAUCGUGAGCCUAAGAGGGUCACCAUGGUCCUAUUUGACCCUAAAUCAGGAGGGAAAACGGGAGAAGAGGAGAGUUUCACCCUCAAGUCUUGCACCAGGAGGAAGACAGAUUCGAUAGAAAAGAGGUUCUGUUUUGAUGUGGAGGCUGUGGACAGGUCGGGAGUGAUCACCAUGCAGGCUCUGUCAGAAGAAGACCGCAGGUUGUGGAUGGAAGCCAUGGAUGGGAGAGAACCGGUGUACAAUCUGAACAGAGACAACCAGGCUGAAGGAUUGGCACAGCUGGAUGUGAUAGGGUUCAACGUGAUGAAAAAAUUCAUCUACGCGGUGGAGACUCGAGGUAUUGAUGAGCAGGGAUUGUACAGAAUCGUUGGUGUCAGCUCCAGAGUACAAAAACUACUGAGCCUCGCAAUGGAUCCUAAGACAUGUGCUGAUGUGGAGCCGGACAGCACAGAGUGGGAGAUUAAGACUCUGACUAGUGCUAUCAAGCACUAUCUCAGAGUGCUUCCUGCUCCUCUCAUGACAUACCAGUAUCAGAGGAGCUUCAUCAAAGCUGCCAAGCUGGACAACCCAGAGGCCAGGGUGACAGAGAUCCAUGCUCUGGUGCACCGGCUGCCUGAGAAGAACAGACAGAUGCUGGAGCUUCUAAUCAAACACCUGGCCAAUGUGGCCAGUCACCACCAGCAGAACCUGAUGACCAUUGCUAAUCUGGGUGUGGUUUUUGGUCCGACUCUGCUCCGGCCUCAAGAGGAGACAGUGGCGGCCAUCAUGGACAUCAAGUUUCAGAACAUAGUAGUGGAGAUCCUCAUAGAGCACCAUGAGAAGAUAUUCAGGGACAUGCCGAGUUCUGGAGGAGGUUUGACCAACACACAGCUCAACCUGUCCAGGAGGAAAAGCACUGAGAACAAAGCCCCGUCCUGCAGCGAGAGGCCUCUCACACUCUUCCACACACCAACACAUUCUCAGAAAGGUGAGAAGAGGAACAGUGUUGUUAACACCACAGUUGCUGAGCUCCAGCAGCCUGUCUCCAAUACAGCCAACUGUAACAGCAGCAGCAGUAGCAGCAGUGGCAGCCAAGGCCUAACACCGAGACACAGCCUGACCAGCAAUGACGGAGAGCAGGACACCCGGCAGAUCCGGCCCAGCUCACUGCUAAACCCAAGGAAUCGUGGCAGUAUACCAACCAGUGCAACGUCUCCCAGCCCCACCUCACCACGUUCUCCCUCUUGGCCGAUGUUUUCAGCACCGUCAAGUCCACAACCGACAUCUUCCACCUCCAGUGACUCCUCCCCUGUCAGUAUUGCAGGCAGGAAGGCUCGAGCGCUGUAUGCCUGCAAGGCAGAGCAUGACUCUGAGCUGUCCUUCAUUGCUGGGACCAUCUUCGAGAACGUUCAUUCCUCCAGGGAGCCUGGCUGGCUGGAAGGGACUUUGGAUGGUCGAACAGGACUGAUACCAGAAAACUAUGUGGAGUUUUUAUAGUCCAGGGCCUAGAAAAAGACCUGAACAAGACCUACUGGACUGGAGUAGACCAAACUGGACUGCAGAGGAUUAGAUUUGACUGCACAGACUUGUUAAGAUCGUAUACAAUACUGGACUGGAUAAUUGUUGAUGAUUAGACUGGGAAUUGAAACUGGACCAAGCAGAACCAUAUUGAAUGGAUAUGACGCAGGAGCAGAGUGAAUUGGACUGGGGUGAGACCCCUGAGUUGCACUGGAAAAAAAAAGAAGAAGAAAAAGGAAACCCACUGUGGUGGCUGUUAUUGAAUUAGUGUGGAUGGCUUUCCAAGUCCUGGUGAAGAUGAUGUGGUAAUAAACCUGGAAUGUGUGUGUGGGUGCGUGCGUGUGUGUCAGAGAAACUAGAGUUGAGGGAUAUAAACUUGUAAAAAUUAGUUGAUAUUUCUGAGCUGUGAGGCUUGAGAUUUUGCAGCCCUUGUUUGCUUUUUUUGGGAGCAUCUUCUCUCUCUCUCUCUCUUUUUUUUUAUCAGCGAGAAAUAGAGAGAUCUUCCUGCAAAGAUGAUGGAGAUGAUGACAGGGAACAUAAUGAAAAGCAAGUGGCCUUUUUACUUUGGACUUGCUAGUUCAGCUCUGCACUGCGCGCUGUUUGAAGGAUUGCUAAUCCCAUGACGGAGCUGGAUUUGGUUUGAUUUAUACGACUGUAAAUGUGUUUGUGAGCACUUGCUCUGGCAGUCUGGUAAUUCCCCGGGACAAGACUCAACCUGGCUAAUGUUUCAGAGCUCCAGUUUAGCAACAGGAGCCCCAGGGCAGAUCAGCACAGGAUGAGGUCACCUCAAAAACAGUUACCCAAAAGGUCAGCACUGGGCUUCUCCUUAUCUAUAAUACCUCUCCCUGCAGAGCCCUUACAAAAAAUGUGAACAAUUUCAAACAAACUCCACAAGCAGAUCAGCAGUUUAAAACGAAAUGUAGGAGUAACGCCACUGAUUAUUGCUGCUUAACCCCAGCUGUGAUGCCUCACUCUGCUUCCCCAGUUUAGACUUUUUUUGAUUGUUGGCAUUGUUACUGGUGGAAAUACUUGGAUUCAGUUUUGUAUAUGGAUCCCUGUUUGCACUAUUUCUCAUCAACCAGGCUUUUUCAAAUCACAUACCAUCAAUGCUCUUUUUUAACCUUUCUUCAGAAAUAUGGUUGAUCUCUAUGGUUAUUUUCUGUUGGUUUUAACCAUCAGGCACAUCAAAUCUGAUCCAAACGUCUUCUGAUUCAUUCAGUUGCAUUACUCCAGAUGCUUUCAUUUUUAACAUGGACAGAGUCAGAGAACAAUUGAGGUCAUUUCAAACCCAGCAUAUGACACACAGUCAUCUGCGUUGUGUCAUUGGCCAACACAAGAUGAUGCUAGUAAUGUAACUAUCUGAAGGAGGAUAUUUAGAUGUGAAUGCGGGGAUCAAAACCAAGGCUGUCACUCAUAAGUAGAUUAAAUGCAGAUGUGGUUUUUCAAAGAGGAUCUGAUAUUUGAAGAAAAAUAUACAUUAUUCAGAUAUGUGUAUGAAAGCUAGUCUGCUUUGGGGCUCCGAUCAAUGUCCUCAUUUGUCCAUGAGUCAAAGCUGAACUUUUUUCCUUGAACCACUUUGUGAACGUCUCUUAUCAGCUUUUCUGGGAAAGAAAAAAAAAAAAAAAGUUUUUUGUUGAUCUUUGUUCUUUAUUUGAGGACAGAAUAUUGAAUGAACAUUUUAGAAUUUUAACAGGAAAAUCAAAUGGGAGAGAAAAAAUAAACUUAAAUGUGAAAUGAGACUACUUUGUUCAUAUCUAAACUUUUUAUUUAUGAGACUUUCUUAAAGGCACAGUCCUGAACUGUAUUCUUUUUGAGGUGUUUUAUUGACAUUGUAAAUAAAUACACAGCAUUUGAUAAGGUAUAAUUUUUUUAAGUAUGAAAUUUUAUAUUUGUAUUUUUAGCAUACUAACUUAAUUCCUUUAUUCCAUCUCUGUUGCCCAGAUUUUUGUAUCAUUUAAGUCUAUCUACAGCCUUAAAUAUUCUUUCAGAUGUUUUGGUGAAUUGACAAGAUUGUGCAGAAUUAAAGAUAAAUGUUGAACAGCUGCAGCUGGUCUUUUUGAUUUUUGUUUAUACCCCGAUUGUAGUCAAACACGUUGCCGGUUUUCCUUUGUAUUUAAGUGUGACUGUAUUGUUUAAGAUGUCACAGCAAUUGAAUCCACAAUGGAAUCACUGUGAUCAAUGGAUUAACUCGUGGCU